UUGCCAACUCACAAUUGAUGAUAUCCUCACAAUUAACGUCAGAUUCACGGCCCUUUUGAGACUGGCUAUAUUUAGGGCUGGUAGCUUCGUCUUCCGUCGAACCCGUCGUCUCUCGCCGUCCCCGGAGGUUUGGAGCGAAGCGAGGGAGCAAAAUGGGAAAAUUCAACUUGGGCGCUCUCCGCGUCAGACAAAACGCCCUUGCACAGAAAUCAAGCGGAAAGAUCUCGCAAACACCAUGCUGGGUUGACAUUGUCUCCGAAAUCCCUCCGGCCACGGUUCUCGUGCGCAACCUCCCACAGCAACAUGCGCUCGUCCAGCAAAGAGUAAAAACAUUACCAGGAAAAUCCAGACCGCAAACCGUCAUCGAAGAGAGAGAAAUUCGUCGCAUCAAAACAAAGAAAGCCAGUCGCAUGUUCCAGCCCAUGCAAAUACGCUACGAAGAAGAUGAGCUACGAAAACAGUUCUUCCAGGACCAUCCGUGGGAGCUUGCUCGACCGAGAGUAGUGCUUGAGACGAAUGGAAACGACCAUGCCAGAUAUGACUGGUCAAGAUUACAACAACGAGGAAAACGCCUGGAUGGCGAAAGUGUCGUUCAACGCCAGUUAUACCUUCUCAACAACGUCCCAGAUAUCACCAAGGGAGAAGCUUACGAUAUAGCCCGCCGAGAGUUCUAUCAGCUUCGGUUGCAAGAAGAUAUUGAACGAAGAGUUGCACAAGAAGAGGCUAGAGCCACAGGUGCCUACUUUGGCCCAGAUAUGAUGCAGGUCGGCAUGGAGUUAGAAAACCAAGAGUAUGAUAGAUGGAAAAUCUGGGCAGAGAAAGAAGCAGAGCAGGCAUCACAACGUUUGGCUGCGUUCGCCGGCGCAACCGGUGGCGCGAAGGAAGAAUCGGACCCAGCCAUACUACCGGAGCUUGAAGUGGCCGAAUCUACCUCCGAGUCCGCACAGCCCGCGGAGAUACGCACAGGGUGAUGUUAGGCGAAAAGGGCCUGCGAUCAUUCUGC